AAUGGUGAUUUCUGUAUGAUUGAGAUAAUAAAAUACAAUGUUUUUACAAUUUGGCUUAUUUGCACAUUGUCAGAGGCAGGAACAUUGAUAUAUAUUGUUGGUUUAUCAGGAUUUCAGGGAUAUGACCAGGGUCAAGGUGGAGGUCAAGGUUACAUGUCACCUGGAGGAUUUGGUACACCACAACAGUCAGAAGAGAAAAGAUCACGACAAAGAGCUCAGAAUAUUGUUCCUGUGACUGUGGCAGAAGUAAUUAACUCAACACAACUUGAUGAUAAAUUCUUUUCUGGUGAUAUAGAGAUAUUUCAGGUGACAUUAGUCGGACUAGUACAGACAAUAAAGGAAUCACCAACUCGGUUAGACUAUGAGAUAGAUGAUUUCACUGGACCACCUCUUGAAGUUAAACAAUUUGUAGACAAUGAUGAAUCGGUUCCAGAUGAAGAGAGGGUACAGGCUAUGCGAGAAAACACAUAUGUCCGUGUACGAGGUACAGUACGAUCAUUUGCGGGGAAGAAAAGUAUUGUAGCCUUCAAGAUUUCUCCAGUAACUGACAUGAAUGAGUUGACGUACCAUAUAUUAGAAGUAAUACACAGCCAUGCUUCCCUGGCAUCAUUACAGACUAAUGGAGGAAUGAAUGGAACAGUAGGUCAGGGGAACACUACACAAGGAUAUGGGGAUGCAGGAGAUGGUAUGGUCAGUGGUCUAAGUUCUAUACAAAACCAGGUACAUAUUGCCAUCCGGAACAACUUGUCUGCUGAAGGUGCAAGUGUGGAAUCUGUUUGUAAGCAAGUACGAGGAGUCCCAGAAAAAGCUAUCAGGGAUGCAAUUGAGUUUUUGAGCAGUGAAGGGCACAUAUAUUCAACAAUAGAUGAUGAUCAUUAUAAAGCUACGGACAGUUGAAUGAUCAGAUCAUGACAAUGUUCGUCAUCAUAUAUUAGACUUGAAUAUGACUUACCUCUGCACAGAUUUAGUGCUACAUCUUUUAGCUUUUAUUAUUUUGAAACAAACAGAAAAAAAAACUUGAAAAUCAUUUUGGAUACAUGAAGUUUAUUAAAACUAGCAAGAGUAUAGUUUGUGAAAACACUUCAAAUCAUUUUGAAAUAUAAUGACCAGUGAUUAUUUCCUCAAAUAUAGAAAAAGGAUUAUUUGAUAGAAAUAAAUAUUAAACCAUUCUUAUCUUCUGUCGUAAGAAUAUUUAGGGACUGCACAUCUUGUGUACAGAUUCGAUUUUAAAAAAAUUGCAAAACAUUUUUUAAGAGAAUUGGAGGUCUCACAAACAACUAUUUUAAAAGAUGAAGCUAAUAUAACUUUGAAUAUUGUUGAUAUAUUUAUGUAAAAACUGACAUAUUUUAUUCUGCUAAUCACUUAAUAAAGAUAAGUGUUGAAAAAAGA